AUGCAAGAACCGCAUCCGGCACCACUUCAACCUUCACCUACGGCACCGCUGCCACCUCCACCUUCAGCACCACUGCCACCUCCACCUUCAGUGCCACUUCCUGCGUCCAUGGAACCACAGCCACCCUCAUUGCCUCCUCCAGUUCUUCAGCCACCAGAGGCACCUCGUGAAGCACCUUUUUAUCUAACAGCCGCAACACGCCUACUGAUGCCGUCUGCUCUUUACCCACAGAUGAUUCCCAUUCCCUUCCUUUCUGGGAGUCCCAGUAUGCUCUUUGCCAUGCCAUCAGCUCCCGUUCCUUCUAUGCAAGGAAUUCCAGCACAACCACAAGCGCAACUUCCACCCACUCCUUACACAUACAUUCCUUUAGGGGAGACUCCCUCAGCACCAGAAGUGCCACCUCCUCCACCUCCACCACAGGGUCCUCAACUUCCUCCUCCACCACAGCCCAUGCUUUCACCGUCCCCUGCACCUUUGAUUACUGACUCAUCUUUGUCACCGGCACCAUUGUUCGCUACAGGAUUUCCUUCUCAAGGACUUGGGCCAAUGCCGACCCCUGUACCAUUGAAGGCUCUCUAA